AUGGCGUCUCAACAACAGUUGAAGAAGCAGCAAGAGCUCCAAACCACAUAUCAAAACUACAAGAACACACUUCAAACGAUUGCCUCAAAGAUUGGCGAUAUCGAACAAGAGACUGAAGAGCACAAACUCGUCUUGGAGACGCUGCAACCACUGCCAGGAGACCGGAAAUGCUUCCGCAUGAUCAACGGUGUCUUGACUGAGCGAACAGUCAAGGACGUUGUACCGAUCCUACAGACCAAUUCAGACGGUCUGAAGCAGGCACUAGAAGAGCUAGUCAAGCAGUACAAGUUGAAACAAGAUGAAAUGGAGAAGUGGAAGAAGAAGAACAAUGUCCAAGUCGUCCAACAGCCAGGGCAAUAG